CAUAACCUAACAUUUUUCAGUUCUUUAAUAAUGCACCAAAAUUUACAAUAAAUAAAAUUUUCUUUUUUCCUGUAAUAUAUUAACAAUGACAAAAAAUGCAGAUGUCAAUAUACUUGAUAUUUUUGAAUGUCAAAAAUUGGUUAAAAUUUGCGCCCCGAUGGUUCGCUAUAGCAAGCUUCAGUUCAGAAAUCUAGUUAAAAAGUACGGCACUGAUAUGUCAUUCACACCUAUGAUCUUGGCCGACUCAUUUUGCAAAAGCGAACUGGCAAGGAACAACGAGUUCACCACUAAUAAGUUCGAUCUUCCACUAGUGACACAAUUCGCAGCCAAUACAGUGCAUGACUUUGUAGGAGCAGCCUAUAUGGUCUCACCGUAUUGCAAUGGAGUUGACUUAAAUUGUGGCUGCCCUCAAAGGUGGGCUAAACAAUUAGGACUUGGGUGCUCGAUGUUAAAUAAGCCCGAACUCAUUUUUGACAUAGUCAGACAAUGUAGGAAUCAAAUUUCUAAACCAUUCACUGUUAGUGUUAAAACGAGGAUAUCAAAGAAUAUUCAAAAAACGGUAGAAGUAUGCAAAAAAUUGGAAAUGGCAGGUGUGAGUUUUUUAACAAUUCAUGCCAGAACAUCAGACCAAUUGACUGGUGAUAUUAAUACUGAACAGUUACGACUAAUUUGCGAAAAUGUGAGAAUACCUGUUAUCGCAAAUGGAGGAAUUAAAAGUCUUAGUGAUUGUUAUGAUUUACAAGAAAAUGUGAAAUGCAAAGGUGUUAUGGUGGCUAAUGGCAUAUUAACCAAUCCAACAAUAUUUAAUGGAACUGAAAUUACAAGUAUGGAAUGUGUGCAACAGUGGGUUAAUAUUUGCUAUAACAGUACUUUAACUCCAGAGUCUUAUGAGAAGCUUCUUUCUACAGGGGAUUCAUUAUUAGAAUUUAAGGAAAAACCCAUCAAUUUAACAUUCCAAUGUUUUCAUCAUCAUCUUGUGUUUAUGUUAGAAAAAAUUCUUACAAAGCAACAGAAGAGAAUAUUUAAUAAUUUGAAAAAGUUUAAGGAUGUGUUAGAUUUUUUACAGACUAACUUCAAUAUUAGUCCAAAAUUAUUUGGUAAAAACAAUUUCAAUUUACACAAAAGACUACCUACUGACUAUGAAGGAAGGGAUGCACUUUAUAACAGAUUAAAACCUGAAACAGAAAUUGAAAACGAUGCUUUUCUAUACAAUUAUGAGACUGACGGAAAAUAUUUUAGCAGUAAACUACAAAAAGUUGAACAACAAGAAAAUAAUUGUGAUUGGACCAAUAUAUUUAUUGAAAAUGAUUAAACAAGUAUAACUGAAUAAAUACUUUUAAAAAAUCCA